AUGGAGCUUUACCAGGAGGUAAAAUUAAGGCGUGAGAGCAACAUGAAUGCCUUUGAUAAUAAAGCCAUUCAGAGUAAGACACAGGAGCGGUUUGUACAUCCCCCCACUUCAGAAUGGAGUGACACACCAGGGCUCAACUGUUGUUCAUCAGAUAAAGAAGGUUUGCUCACCAAGGCAGAGAAAGAAAGCAAGGAAACAAGGAACAAGAGGAAAAAUCAUGUUUUUGUAAAGGAUAAUCUGUCCUUUGAGAAUUACAAGGAAGUUGAAGAUUGCCCAGGCUUGAAAACAACCAAGAAUUACACUCAGGAUCUCAAUAUUGCUCUUAAAGAACUUGCCAAAGUAAGUGAGGACUUGUGCAGCUACCAAGAGGAAAUCCGCAAGAAGUCCAACCACAGAAGAAAAAAGUUUCUUCCUUCCAUGGAAGAAUCUGCAGAAGAUGGAACCACACCGAUUAUGCCGGAGAUGAGCCGUGUGAGUAACAGCGACCCGCAAACUGCUUUAACUGCAUUUGAAACAGAAAAACAAAAUAAUAGGAAGAACUUGAUGGGCAUCAGCAGGUGUUUGAAGGAGAGUGCUCAUGCUGGUGUUGAGAAAACAGACUGUUUUCCAUGGCAAAGGAAUGAAGCUCCUCCUGUUCCUCCAAGAAGCACUUCUCGGCAUCUGACAAGUUCUCUUUCUGCAGCUGUCCAAGUUCCUGAGGCAUUAACAAAAGAUCCAGGGCACAGAAACCAUUGUCAGACUCAGGAGUGUAAGAACAGCAAUACCUUUAUUAAUACAUCUGUUUCAAAAUUAUGUGAUGCUCUAGGGCCACCAUCAAAUGAAUGGAACUCUGUUAGUGGUCCUGCUGUGGCUACCACAGUGGCCACAGGAAAAAGGGAUCUGUCCACUGAAUGCAAACUGUCAGUGGGAUUUUGUCAUAACACAUGGACCUGCAAACCAAACAAGACUGGGAAUUUCACUAAGAAUGAUUCUGCCCCACACUCUGUCCAAAAGAGCUGUUCUGACGGAAACAUGGUGUCCCCAAAGCAACAUCCUGAAUCACAAAGCAGUGUGUGUUACUCCAGUGACUUUUACACUCCUGUGUGUGACACCCUGGGUGAUUCUGGAUAUGGAACUGGAAAGACUCAGCGGAAUGAAACACUGGAAGCAAAGAUUGAUGAGUUUAACAGAACUGUAUUUCAUACGGAUAAAGGCCAAAAGUGCCCACCCAAGAGCCAAAUGCCACCAAGACUAUCUGCAGAUCCUCACUCCAAUGGUGUGCUGCAGGACUGUGUGAAGAACAGAACAGAAGAAAGUGAGGACUUUACAGAUGUUUCCGCUCCUAGACUUUCGUUAAGAAUGAAAGAGAAACCCAGCAAUACCAAUAAAAACACCAAAGCAACAGGACAGCAAAAACAAGUAAAUGGGCUUCUGAGUAGCUACCAACAUAUGCUUCAUGAACAUGAUUGGAGGCCAAGUAAUUUGUCUGGUCGGCCACGAUCAGCUGAUUCAAGGUCAAACUAUGGUGUUGUUGAAAAGCUUUUGAAGAACUAUGAAAAAUCAACUUCUUUGUGUAAUUCGAAGUUUCACAAAGAGAAGUGGGCACAGUCAAAUUCCACAUUUGUUGGUGGCCACUGUGAGACUGUGGGUCAUUAUUCUGAAAUGUUCCAGACAGACCUAGGAAAGCAGGAGCUGCAGAAGAAUUCAGCCAGGCAUGUUGGACUUUACACCAGACAAGGCAGAGAGAAGCAGAAAUUUCCUGAGGUAUCUCUGCCAGUUAAGCAGCCUACUGGGAAAGGCUUCUCUCGUCCAGCUCGACCAGCAAACAGACGCUUGCCUUCCAGGUGGGCCUCCAGGUCACCCUCAGCACCACCUGUCGUGAGGAGGACAGCUCUGAAUUAAGGCUCUUGAACUUUGUCAAAUGGUCUCAAGUGGUUUAAGCUGAAAAGGGAUUUGAUGCUCCGUGCCUCGUUUGGACUCUUGUUUCCCAUGUUCCUGGCCACAGCCAGUUCUGUGCAGUCAUCUGCUGGUUAAUAGUAACCCAUCUCUUGACUUGUUGGAGAAAUGGUUCUGGUUCUUAGAUCAUCCUUACAGUCUUCAGUGUUUUUAUUCAUUAGGUAACAAUGUCCCCCGUGUGUGUGUGUGUGUGUGUGUGU